AUGCUUCUAUUUGCAAACGUUUUUGCGAAGAUCGCUUCUUUAGAAAUUCUUUCAACUCCCCUCCCCCGUGUCUCACUGAACUUCAAUCUGUUCAUUCGCCUCUCAAUUAUUCAUGAACAGAACGUGAUUCACCCGGCUAAUGUCUUUUCAGAAGGUGGGGGGUACAUUCCUCUUCUACAACGACGUCUCAUUCGCCAAAUCACUUGCGACUUCCGCCCGUUUGUAUUCAAAUAUGCCGGCUGCACAAGCGAGCGAGACGCCAUGUCGGGUCCAGGACAUCCGGUCAUGCGCAUGAGUGAGCAGCUCGAACUUGAUGACACGAAAAUGUUCACAAAUUUUUAUUCUGUCUGUACUUUUCUGGAAUCCACUGCGCACUACAAUUUCUUCUUCUUCUUCUUCUUCUUUGUCUUUAUUUUCAAAGAUCUGGUAUUUUUUUUCUUUUUCUCUUUCUUUCUGCAAACUGCUUCAUCUUCUCUUCAUAAUUCUUUUCCGUUCUUAUCAUUUUCGACCAAUUUCAGUUCCACAAUAAUUCUUAUUUUUCUUUAUAACUUUACUUCUUCGACUUUUUAUUUUACACUUUCAUUCCACUUUUGUUUUCAUUGUUUUACUCUACGUUCUUUCGCUUUUUUUUCUUCUUCUUUUCUUUCAAUUUUUGAAAAAAAAACAAAACUUUUCAUCGUGAUUUGUUUCCUCCUCCCACUUUCUUCUUUUUAUCUUUCUUUUUUCAUUCGUUUUUCUAUCGCCUUUUAUUUAUUUAUUUAUUUAUUUAUUUCUCUCACUCUUUGUAUCUGUCUUUCAUUCUUUCGUUCUUUUUUCUUUCUUGUUCACUUUCUCUUUCUUUCACUCUUUCUUUCUAUCUUUCAUUAUAUCUUUUUUUUUCUUUAUGUACACUAUUUCUUUCUCUUACUCUUUCUUUCUCUCACUCUUUCUUUCUGUCUUUCUUUCUUUGUUUCAUUCUAUCUUUCUUUCAGUAUUUCUUUCUGUCUGUCUUUCAUUCUUUCUUUUUUUCACUCUUUCUCGCUUUACCUUUCUGUCUUUCAUUCAUUCAUACUUUCGUUCUUUUCUUACUUUUCUUUUUCAUUUUUUGACUCUUUCUUUCUCUCAUCCCUUUUAUUUUUCUUUCUUUCUUUCACUCUAUUUUUCUCUCAGACUUUCUUUCUGUUUUUCAUUCAUUCUUUCUUUGUUUCACUCUUUCUUUCUCUCUCUUUUUUCUCUCACUCUUUUUUCCUCUCUUUCAUUUUUUCUUUCUUCUUUCUUUCAUCCUCUGCAGCGUCUUCUUUUUCUCACAAGUAUUCUAUUCUUAUUUAA